AUGGGAUCGAGCAUAAGUAAUGACAAAGUGCAACCUAGUGAGGUAAAUAAAUUUAAAGACUUUCAGAAAUCUGAAUCAGAAGAUAGCGAAAAAUGUAAAGCAAAAAGUCGAACUUCAACCGAUGUUUGUUUUUUGAUAGUAUUUAUAGUGUUCUUAACAGCUCUGAUAUGUUUUUUGGCUUACUGUGUUUUUAAUGGAGAUAUAUUUAGAACUAUAAAUGGAUACGAUGACUGUGGAAAUAUAUGUGGAAGAAACAACAAAAAUCUGAAACAUUUAGACAACAAAAGCAACGCUUCACAAUGUCUUGGGACCAGUAAAGUUAACGAACCAUACCACAUAGUAUUACGACAGAGUUCAUCAAAGGAAUUUAAUAGACUGUGCAUAUCAGAUUGCAGUUUGUACGAAGGAUACAGGAAGUUUUUCAAUCGAUGUAUGCCAAAUAAAAGUCAGACAGUGGUGAACACAAUUUUUUCCAGGACUGGACUGAGUAACUUUUUUACAGAAGUAUCGGAAGACUUUCAAAUAUGUUGGACUGAAAUUUGUUACCUCUGCCUUAUUGCUUUAGUGUUAUCAUCUUUGCUACUAGUAUUAUUCAGAUACCUAGUAGGAGUUGUUGUAUGGAUAGUACUCUUAGGUUCCUUGGCGGCCUGUCUAAUAGGAACGAUACUCUUAUGGUGUGUAAAUACACUACAAGGGCCUCAAUACGGAGCUUUGUGGUAUCCAUUUUUUAAUUUUUUCAGGAUUCUGUGGAAACAUUCAAAGGACGCUAAUGAUGGCAUGCCAUCUUCUUUGCUACCAGAUGUCGAUGUAAGGAAGUCAGAUACCUAUUUGGUUUUUGCAAUUUUGGCGACAAUCGUUACGGUUAUUAUAAGUCUGAUUAUUUUUGUAAUGAGGAAUAGAAUAAAACUAGUAGUGCAGCUAUUUGAAGAGGCAGGAAAAGCUAUUGCAGCAAUGCCAAUUUUGUUGUUGGAACCAAUUCUGACUUUUAUCUUUUUGGGUGUAACCAUCGCUCUAUGGUUUUACUUUUGUCUUUGGAUCGAAAGCUCAGGAACACUAACGGAAACUCGAGCAAAUGUAUUCUAUUACAAGAAAGAUGGUUGGAUGAAGUUUACAAGAUGGUACAACUUUUUUGGCAUGCUGUGGAUGGCUCAGUUUAUUAUAGGUUGUCAGCAUAUGGUCAUAGCUGGAGCUGUUAGCAUAUGGUACUUCAAAAGGAAUAAGGCAUCUCUGGGAACACCAUUUUUAUAGAAAGCGCACAAAAUUUGAUAAGAUACCAUUUGGGAUCAGUGGCAUUAGGUUCAUUCCUUAUAGCAACAGUACAAUUUAUGCGUGUGAUAUUAAAAAUGGUUGAAAAAUAUUUAAAUAAAAAACAAGGGAAGUGUAUAGACUGUCUAUUAAAAUGUUGUCAUUGUUGUCUAUAUUGUUUUGAGAAAAUUUUAAAGUACUUAUCAAGAAAUGCUUAUAUCGAAGUAGCUAUUUUUGGAUAUCCAUUUUGUCGAGCAGGUCAACAAGCUUUUAAGCUUCUUUCUUCCAAUGUUCUACGUGUAGCUGCGAUCAAUUCAGUUGGAGAUUUUGUUCUCUUCCUUGGAAAAGUAGUAGUUGUAAUAGCUACUGUCUUGAUUGGAAUACGAAUGCUUGAGCACAAAGAUGGUCUUCAACAUAUGUGGGUGCCGAUUACGUUAUCUGGGCUAUUUGCAUACUUUGUAGCACACUGUUUCAUGACUGUUUACGAGAUGGUGAUCGACACGAUAUUCUUGUGUUUCUGCGAAGACUGUGAGCAAAACGAUGGGGAAUCGAAACCAUACUUUAUGUCCAGGGGAUUAAUGGAGUUUGUCGAGAAUUCCAAAAAGGCUUUAGAUAUUUACGACUCCAGAGCAAAAUCUUCAGCAACUGAACUAAAAAGUGUUCCAACUAUCAGUGGCGAUGUUACAAGAAAUUUUUCGGGCUAA